AUGGGAGCACACUUGGCAACAGUCGCCGCUAGGAACAAGUCGACAAAGUUUGUCAAAAUCAUUGGAGACCAGUGCAUUCCCGACUAUCCCGAUCGCAACAUGCCCACCCUUCUGAUCUAUGGUGAUGGAGACGUCAAGGCUCAGCUCGUCGGUGCCACACAGCUCGGUGGACUCAACAUGAAGCCAGAAGAUAUUGAGGCAUACCUCCGUCGUGUGGGUGCUAUCAAGGUCCCAGAAUCAAGGGCGUCCAAGUCUGAGGAGGUCAAGAAGUCUUCGAUCCGCAGUUCAGCAGUAGCAGCCCUCAGCGACGACGACGAAUAUGAAAGCGACGACUACUAG